GGCCGGGGCUGCGGGAGGCGGAGCGGCUCCUCCUACUCCUCCCAGCCGGGCCGCGGCGGGGGGCUGCCCGCGGCAUGUCGGGGGCCGGGCCGAGGACGGUGAUCUGCCUGCUGCGCCACGACCUGCGCUACCACGACAGCGAGGUACUACACUGGGCUCAGAAUAACGCAGACUAUAUCAUUCCUCUCUACUGCUUUGAUCCAAGACAGUACCUAAGAACCUAUUACUAUGGUUUCCCAAAGACUGGGCCGCAUCGACUCAAAUUUUUACUGGAAAGUGUGAAGGAUCUAAGGCAAACACUCAAGAAAAAAGGAAGUAAUUUGGUGGUAAGGAAAGGGAAUCCGGAAGAUGUGGUUCAUGAUCUUAUUAUGCAGCUGGGCACCGUUGCUGCCGUGGCUUUCCAUGAAGAGGUGACGAAAGAGGAGCUGGACGUAGAGAAGGCGCUGCAGCGAGUGUGCGCUCAGCAUGGGGUGAAGAUCCAGACCUUCUGGGCAUCCACUCUCUAUCACCGGGACGACCUGCCGUUCAGCCACAUUUCCAGGUUGCCUGAUGUCUAUACCCAGUUCCGAAAAGCAGUGGAGGCUCAGGCCAAAGUCCGUCCCACUGUGCAGAUGGCAGAUCAGCUAAAGCCUCUGGCCCCAGGGGUAGAAGACGGAUGCAUCCCCGUGCCUGAGGAGUUUGGACAGAAGGAUCCCCUGACGGAUCCGCGAACAGCCUUCCCCUGCAGCGGAGGAGAGACCCAGGCCUUAAUGAGGCUGCAGCAUUAUUUCUGGGAUACGAACCUAGUGGCAUCUUACAAGGAGACUCGAAAUGGACUGAUAGGAAUAGAUUAUUCAACCAAGUUUGCACCAUGGCUGGCGUUAGGCUGUAUUUCACCCCGAUAUAUUUAUGAGCAGAUCCGGAAGUAUGAAAAAGAGAGAACUGCAAAUCAGAGCACAUACUGGGUCAUAUUCGAACUCCUGUGGAGGGAUUACUUCCGAUUUGUCGCCCUGAAGUACGGGACAAGGAUUUUCUUAUUGAAAGGACUGCAGGAUAAAGAGGUGCCUUGGAAGAAAGAUCCCAAGCUAUUGGACGCUUGGAAAGAAGGAAGAACGGGGGUUCCUUUUGUAGAUGCCAACAUGAGAGAGCUAGCAGCGACCGGCUUCAUGUCCAACAGAGGGCGCCAGAAUGUUGCCAGCUUUCUCACCAAGGACCUGGGGUUGGACUGGAGGAUGGGGGCAGAGUGGUUUGAGUACCUGCUGGUGGACUAUGAUGUCUGCAGCAAUUAUGGAAACUGGUUAUAUAGCGCUGGAAUUGGAAACGAUCCAAGAGAAAACAGGAAGUUUAACAUGAUUAAACAAGGCCUGGAUUAUGACAGCAACGGAGAUUAUGUCCGACUGUGGGUUCCAGAAAUACAGUGUGUAAAGGGAGGGGAGAUACACACACUCUGGGCGCUGAGCAACGCAGAUCUCUCAGAAGCUGGGAUAGCUUUAGGGGAGACCUAUCCACUGCCAGUCGUCCUGGCCUGGGAAUGGAGCAGACAUAUCAAGCAGAGGCCUAACAAGAGAGACCAUCCUCCGAGGGGAAGGAAAGAUCCCUCCGACACGCCAAGACAACACAAGGACAGAGGGGUGGACUUUUACUUCUCUCGCAACAAAGAUUUAUCGUGAAGGCAGUCCCUGCACUUCUGGAGAAGUGACUCUGCCUGCUGAGAACUCCAGCUGACAAUGGUUACUAUUGAUGGCUAACUUCUCUCUCCCAUUACUAUCUAAGUAAACCAAGGGUGACAUCCUAGACACAUUGAAGUCAAUGGAGUUUUGCCAUUGACUUCAACUGGAUCAAGAUUUUGACCUCUAAUCUUUAGGAAAUUGUUUUCUUAAUGAGCCAGCUGAUUGGGAUUCAGAAGGGAGCUGAAGUUCUUUGUCCUUUGUACUUUUAAGAAUCCCGUGACACCUUUAACAAGAACAGAGGUGUUAACCUUGUAUUCUGGCCAAAUUCGAGUGGGUAGAAAUUACACCACCAAAAUGCCCCUCAAAAAUCAACUGGAUGUACUAAGGCCAGAUUCUCAGAUGGUGUAAAUCAGCAUAAUUCUAUUGAAUCAGUUAAACUACACUGAUUUACACCUGUUGAUAAUCUGACUUGGUAUUUUUCACUUCCUGCUUUUAAACUGUUGCUGUGAGCUGUUAAACAGCUAAUGUAUUCUAUCCCAGAGAUGGGUGAUGAGUGACUUUGUAAAGUGCUUUUGGUUGAAAGGGGCUUCAUAACUAAGUAAUUAUUAACUGUAACAGUAGGGUCAUCUUGUUAUUGUCAAGUGGUCAGACUGCUUUUCCAGUGCCUUUGCUUUGUACUGGGGCUUAUAGCUGUAGCCAGAUUUCUACCUCGUAUUACAGACUGGAGAAGGUGUUCACUUUUUUAUACAUUGGAAAUAUAUAUACUGAAUUUCCUUACGCUAACAUGCUUUAGGGUGUAAAACUUAAAAACAUUGUUCCAUAGUACAACUUAAACCUUUGCAUUGGAAUGUCUUUACUUUCUUGAUUUCCUCUCUUCUGAUAGAGAUCAGAAGGCAGAAUGGCUGAUCUGAGGUGCCAGAAUCAUAGAAUAUCAGGGUUGGAAGGGACCUCAGGAGGUCAUCUAGUCCAACCCCCUGCUCAAAGCAGGACCAACCCCAACUAAAUCAUCCCAGCCAGGGCUUUGUCAAGCCUGACCUUAAAAACUUCUAAGGAAGGAGAUUCCAUCACCUCCCUAAGUAACGCAUUCCAGUGCUUCACCUCCCACUUAGUGAAAAAGUUUUUCCUAAUAUCCAACCUACACCUCCCCCACUGCAACUUGAGACCAUUAUUCCUCCUUCUGUCAUCUGCUGCCACUGAGAACAGUCUGGAUCCAUCCUCUUUGGAACUCCCUUUCAGGUAGUUGAAAGCAGCUAUCAAAUCCCCUCUCAUUCUUCUCUUCCGCAGACUAAACAAUCCCAGUUCCCUCAGCCUCUCCUCAUAAGUCAUGUGUUCCAGUCCCUUAAUCAUUUUUGUUGCCCUCCACUGGACAUUUUCCAAUUUUUUCACAUCCUUCUUAUAGUGUGGGGCCCAAAACUGGACACAGUACUCAGUACACCAAUGUCGAAUAGAGGGGAGCGAUCACGUCUCUCGAUCCUGUUCUCUUUGACUGUAUCCUCCAUAGUGCUUUCGGUUCACCUUGGAAUCUGAUGUGGGGUCACUGUGGUAGUUCUGUUUGCCUGUGGCAUCAGCCUGAAAGUUUGAGGCCAUAUACCACACGCAGAUCAGUUUCAAAACAUUGCUGUAUGCUCAGUAACGGCAACCAGUCCUAUUCUGGGUCCAUUUAGAACUUCAAGUUCUUGUCCAAAACGUCUUAAAUGGUUUGACUUGGUUGCUUUAGAAUAGUGGCUCUCAACCUUUCCAGACUACUGUACCCCUUUCAGGAGUCUGAUUUGUCUUGCGUACCCCGGUUUCACCUCACUUAAAAACUACUUGCUAAUAAAAUCAGACAUAAAAAUACAAAAUCGUUAUAGCACAUUAUUACUGAACAAUUGCUUUCUCAUUUUUACCAUAUAAUUAUAAAAUAAAUCAAUUAGAAUAUAAAUAUUGUACUUACAUUUCAGUAUAUAGAGCAGUAUAAACAAGUCAUUGUCUGUAUGAAGUUUUAUUUUGCACUGGCUUGGCCAGUGCUUUUUAUGUAGCCUGUUGUAAACGUAGGCAAAUAUCUAGAUGAGUUGAUGUAUCCCCAGGAGGACCUCUGUGUACACCCAGGGUUACUUGUAUCCCUGGUUGAGAACCAUGGCUUUAGCGAGAUCCUUCCUGUCACUGUUCCCUAGCAUGGCAUCUUCACUUCCCGAGGAGUCCAGAUUCAAACAUGUUGAGUCUGGGAGCAGGGUACUCUCAGUGGAGGGCCCUUGAUUGACUCUGGAGUUCAUUACCACCAGGGAUCAGAUUGAGCCACAGGCCCUACCUAUAAAGAAACUGCUCUGGUUUAAACACGUCAGUUUAAAAUCAAUCUUAUUAAACUGGUUCAAACCCCUAAUGUAGAAGCCCUUGCCCUUGCAUAAACUGGUUUAGCUUGUAUUGGUAAAUUACUGACUUAAUUUAAACCCAUAUGUAUCUUUCACACAUAUCAUAGGUUGAAUCCCUGCUUUAAGUGCUAAAUGGAAUUAAACCCUAACUAUGGAGCCGUGAUUUGCACCUCCAUAAUUAGCAAUGGUUAAACCAGUUCAUGGGCAUCUACACUAGAGGCUUGCACCAGUUUAACUAGAACAAUUUUUAAAUUGACUUAAUUAAACCAGGGUACUUUCCUAGUAUGGACAAGAACUAGGGCCUAGUCUACACAAAAAAGGUUUGACAUAGCCAAAAUGGCAAACCCUUCCAGUCGAUAUGCAGCGCAUACUGGCAAAAAUUGCUUUUGCGGUAUAACUUAUACUGGUUCCUGUAAUCAAAAAAGCUAUAGCACCAAAAGCACCCUUUUGCCAGUAUGAGCUGCAUCUGCAUUAAGGCAUUUGCUGAUAUAAAAAUGACAUCUUAAUAGCUUUGACUAUACUGGUCUGGUAACCUUCAGGGCAGAUUGCAAAAUUCAUCUCUUUCCCCAAACUUCCUCGUAACAAAUGAGUUGUGUACCGGCUCCUGCAACAUUGCUCCUGGAAGUAACCAGUCAUGUUUAACCUUGCAUAAUUUGGCUUUAUCUGAGGGGGAGGAGAGUUUAGUUCCUUUUCCAGGAAGACCUGAUGCACUCUACCCUCUGGCAGAGGAGUCCAACCUUUCCAGUCUGGGGCUGAUUUCAUGGGAAGUUCUGUCUGAGGCCAGGUCUACGCUAGAAACUUUUGCUCGUCUGGGAAUGUCAAGGAGGGGGGUGAUUUAUUUUUUUUAAAUCUUUGUGUGUGACAUUUUGAUCCUGCCAGAGCCCUAGGGCCAGAUUCUUAAAGGUAUUUAGGAGCAUAACACCCAUCGGUUAUCAGGUUGGGAGUCAGGCAUUUAGAUACCUUUAAAAAUCUGGCCCCUACCUUAGACGGAGUUAUACCAACGCAGAAGUGCUUUGGCUGGUAUAACUUAUUUUCUGUGCAAAAUCAAUAUGUUGUAGUGGCACUCAUUUGUUUUUUUUUUCUUUCGUGGGUAUAAGCUGCAUCUACCUAGGAUCUUUUGACAGCAAAGCUGUGUGGGAAUAGCUAUCCGGGCAAGCCUUUUUCCAGUGUAGACAUGGCCUCAAGUAAGUGGAGUUGAACAGGGGCCUAAUGCUAUAGAUGUAAGAGUGCCCCCUCAUUGGCUGGAACCCAAUCCUUUAAAAAUCCAGGGGAGCUGAAACAGGCCCCAAAUGAGAAUAAAAUUUGGCAAAUGUGCAGGAGCAUGUAUGGUAUCUUCAGUUGCAGCCUUGUAGGUGGCAUGCUAUCACCACAAGCUGUUGGAUAUGUACAUUAACGUUAAUUUGAUUGUCUGUUCCAAACAUAACCUCCAUUUUCAAUCUAGUAGAAACCUAAGGUGUAGGGAGGGGAUGAGGAAGAGAAGUGGAUGAAGAAUCAAAGUUAAGACAAAGUGUAAAUGAUGUUAGUGAAGAUGCUUGUUGCAGAAUCAACCCCCCAGCUGCUCUGAAUGUCACAGUUGCUCUAAAAACAAAACAAAAAAACCUUUGAAAUGUAUCUUAAACGCUAAUUAAAUUAAAGUACAGUGUAUUCAUUA